AUGGACCCAGAAAAGUGCGAAAAACCGUGCCAGAGCGAGGCCUCGCCGGGUUCUGCCAGUCCGAUACUAGCAGGCACUGUCACCGACACCGAAACUGAAGUGUUUGGUGGUGGUGAAGGAGCAGUAAACUUCCGGAACGUAGGAUGGAUUCGCGCAGCCAUGUUCAUGCUCAAGAUGACGUUUGCAACCGGCGUGCUUUCCUUACCUGCUGCUCUAAACGACCUCGGCGCUGUGCCUGGCGCGAUUUUCAUCCUCUUUUGGGGUUUAGUCAACACGUAUAUGGCUGUGCUGCAAGGUGAAUUCAAACUACGCCACCCCUCUCUUCAUACUGUUGCAGAUGGCGCAGAGAUUGCCGCUCUCCAGCUUAGCGGAGGGUCAAAGAAGUGGGCAGUGUUCUCCAAGGAAGUCACCGAGUUCUUGUACCUCGUCUCUUGGAUACUUUGCACUGGGCUCUCGAUCCUGGGUCUUUCUAUUGCUCUCAAUGCAGUUACACAUCAUGGGACCUGCACUGUCCUGUUUGCGUUCGUCUCAUAUAUCGUUGUUGCUACUAUUGGAAGCAUCCGAAAAAUCGAGAAAACGGCAUGGGUCACCUGGGUUGGAUUCAUCUCCAUCGUUGCCGCCAUCAUGGUGGUUCUCAUUGCAACUGCUAUCCGCGGCCGCCCUGCGGCAGCUCCAGCAAUUGGGGAUUACGAGCUGGGGUUUUCCGCAUUCCCGUCUUCGGCGGUGACGUUUUCAAGCGCAUGGUCAGCAUCGCUUAUCAUUUACGCCUCCUCUGCCAAUACGUCCGGCUACGUUCCCGUCAUUUCAGAAAUGAGGCGUCCUCAGCACUACUUCAGGAGUGUUUACGUCACCAUGGCCUGGAUUGUCAUUUCGUAUAUGGUUAUCGGCAUGGUGAUGUACCGUUACGCGGGUCAGUGGUUGGCGACCCCAGCUCUCGGUUCAGCUGGACCGACCAUUAAGAUUAUAUCAUACGCAAUAUCCAUACCCGGUCUGAUCGCUGGAGGCAUGAUUUGUGUACAUAUUUCUGGGAAAUCAAUAUUCGUUCGCGUUCUCAGGCGCUCACGACACCUCACGGGCAACACCUGGCAACACUGGACGGUCUGGUUGGCGUCAACCUACGGAACAGGACUCGUUGGCUGGCUGAUUUGCGAAGCCAUCCCAUUCUACGGAUCUUUGGUCUCAAUCAUCGGCUCUCUAGGCUUUGGCCCUCUAGGGAUAUGUUUACCUGCCGUCAUGUGGUUUUGCAUGCACCCCGAAUAUCGUCGUGGUGACCUCAAAUUGCAGGCGAUGUGGUGGUUACAUGUUGCCAUUCUUUGCAUGGGUAUCUUUGUUACGAUCGGUGGGACCCUUGCCAAUGUUGUUGUGAUAAUAGGGCAAUUCCGCGACGGUUCUGUUUCAGGUCCUUUUCAGUGUGCAGAUAACAGCAACACAGUGGGUUGA